GCGCGGAGUGCCGCUAGUGCGGGGGUUUCUUGGCUGUGAGGGAAGCGGAGGGCGGCAGGCUGGAGCCACCCGGAGCGCGUCGCCUCUCAGUCCGCUAGGCCGCUGGGCGCGGGUCGCCCCUGGCAACCGCGAGAGGGGCCGGACGUCGCCAGUCCGUGAGGCUUGGCAGGAAUGUUCCACCCACUUCAUUGGAGGCCUCCCUCCAGCAUUUAUUCCUACUACACGAAUACUGCCCGCUUCAUCGGCUACAAAGGGAAACUACAACUUGUUUGGCAAAAUGAGAAGUCAUUGAAAGACAGGUACCAGUGGCUGCUCACCUGGCUACGGAAAGGAACAGAGCAAUGUCCAAGGCAGAAAAACCUCCUCUCGCUGCUGGCCAACCAGUGCAGCUAUGUGACCGGCCAAAGGGUCCAGCGUGCUCAGCAGAUUGGACAGCUGUACAGUAACAUCUACUCUGAGAGAACACGCAAAAGCCUCUUCAGCUCCUUGUGGCGCAAGUUCCUAGGGCGUUAUACCAGUGCCUGCAAGCUGAUGGCAGCCGUCACAGGUGUGUUCUUGUGGGAAGAGGAGAGGAUCAAAGAAGAGGAGCUGAAAAGGUCUGCAGAAGAGAUGAAACGCAUGGAAGAAAUCAAUGUGUUCCAGAGUAACAAAGGAAUGAGCCAGACACAGGAGCCAAAGGACGCAGGUUCUGUUUCCAGGGAGCAGAGCUGGGAAAUGGUGAUGGACAAGAAGCACUUCAAGCUAUGGCGGCGCCCAAUUGGAGGGACUCAUCUGUAUCAGUACCGAGUCUUUGGGACAUACACAGAUGUGACACCUAGGCAGUUUUUCAAUGUGCAACUGGAUACAGAAUAUCGAAAGAAAUGGGACUCACUAGUCAUCAAACUGGAGGUGAUUGAGAGAGACCAGGACACUGGAUCAGAGGUUAUUCACUGGGUAACUCAUUUUCCGUAUCCAAUGUACUCGCGGGACUAUGUGUAUGUGCGACGGUACAGUGUGGACCAGGAGAACAAUUUGAUGGUGCUUGUCUCACGAGCGGUUGAACACCCAAGUGUCCCUGAAGAUCCUGAAUUUGUCCGUGUUCAAACCUAUGAAUCGCAAAUGGUUAUCCGCCCUCACAGUUCGUUUGAUGAGAAUGGCUUUGACUACCUGCUAACAUACAGUGACAACCCGCAGACAGUGUUCCCCCGGUACUGUGUCAGCUGGAUGGUCUCCAGUGGCAUGCCAGACUUCCUGGAAAAACUGCACAUGGCAGCUUUGAAAGCCAAGAACAUGGAAAUCGAAGUGAAGGACUAUAUCUCUUCUGCCAAGUCCCUGGAGUCUGGCAGCAAUGACAGCAAGGAGGGGAAGGCCAGCAUGCCCAGCCAGGAUCACAAAGGUGAAGGGACCUGCAGUCCUAUUCAGAUAGACUAUGCUUAAAGGAGAGUGCUCCCCAACCCUGCUCAGAGUUGGCAGCCCAAGCCUUUUCAUUCUGCAAACUGGAAAGGAUGAAGAUUGCAGGGAUGCCUUUGGGACCUUAGUUCAGCUGGUCACUUCCUGUCUCUAUAACUCCUCCCUCUCCUGUGCCAUCUCGGAAGAGGGCAGUGAUCUUGCCAUUGGAAGCCAAGCUCAGCAACUUUGUAAAGCAAUUUUGUGUGCCACUUGUGUUCUGGUGAUCUUCUUUUUCCCAGUGGGGAUGUUCAUGGCAAAAGUCUCUCUCCUUUUCUCUUCACACACAUCCCCGCCAUUCCUUUGGUGCUGCCAGAUGCCUUUCAGAGGUGGCCCUGCAAAACCAGCAGGGCCACCAUAGCCUUGACCCUUUUACAGGUACUGUGGCACAUGAGCACCUGCAGUGCCUCCACUGGCAUGUUGAGUGAAGCCAAUCCAAAAUACUUGUUGCUGGGCAGGAACUCUGCAUCCUCAGUGGGGCCUGAAUGCUUUCUUGGGGCCCUGUGUGUGCCACCUGUGCAGUGUGUUGCUCUGCUGCCAAUGUGCCUUUUUCUCCUCUGGCACUACCGAAUGCAGCUUCAGGCUGCGGGAAGCAGACACUGUCAGGCUCUGGGUCAGUGGUGUUGUUGCAUCUCUGGCACCUGCAUAGUGAAGGAAGACUAUAUUUUUAUGCAUCUUGUUUUGUCUUCUCCUCCUUGGCUUGAUAACAUUCAACAGCUACUGGCUCAAGUUCUGGCUGGAGUUAUUCUACUCCCUUUGUCAAACUGAUGGUAGCCCCAAAUGUUUCAUUUAUAGUUGUUCGAAGCAGAAACAGGAUCUGCUUGUGUCAACCGUAAAUCAGUUGGUUUUCUCGGUUGAUUUUGUCACUGGAUUUGGAGAAGCCCCUAUUAGCUGCCAACUUCUCUCUAAUGUGUUUCCAGUGGUGGGGAGGAAAUUGAGCUUCCUUUGGGAAACCCUUGAAUAGAACUGGAAUACCUGACAUUAGUGUGUGUGUGUGCAUCUCAGGUCAGAGUGUCUAACAUGCUUUUGUUUUGUCAUGAAAGGCUUUGAAACCAUCUGUAAAAGUAGAUUAGAAAGUAAAGUUUAACAUCUUAUAACACAAAAGGUUUGGUUUUCAGGAGAGGAGGGGGAGUUGAAGAUACACAUGCAUCUGUCCUACAUAUUCUCAGUUUUUUUAAUAACUUAUCAUUGGCUUGGUUUUCUUCCACAACCUAGAAUGUACUAAUUUGUGAGUCUCAACUUCUUCAUUUAUCGUUGAGGCUGGCGGGGGAGAUGACAUUCCUACAUGCCUGCAAUACAGGUGCACUACUGCCUUCGAUUGUGUUCCGUGUGAAGCAAAGGCGUGUGCCAGUGUUCUCCUUCCAGAUACAGGCACCAUAAGCUGAAUUGUCCUGAAGUGGGUCGUUGGUAAACACCCAGGGUACCUACUUCUGCAGUGAGAGGAUUCUGCUGCUUUCACUGUCCUCAAAGAAUGCAAAGUAGAAUGAAUCGCAAGUGAAGCUUGAUGUUGUAUAUAAAUAUCCUCAAGGAACCACUUCUGUGCCAGUGAAAAAUUGGGUGCAUUUCCCGCCCUCUCAUUCUGUGCAUUGAAGCAUGUGAUGUCUUUUUAAGAAGCUUCAUGUGGAGCAGAAAGGAGACAGCCAGGUUGUGUUGAGGAGAUCCAGUGCUAAAAUGAGAGAGCACCUCUUGGCUUGGCAGCUGAGAGUUUCAGGCGGCUGUAUCUGGGGGGUGGGGUGGGAUGAAAUUGUGCAUGAAGACCCCUUUGGUCUUGCUCUGUGGCCAGUUUGGCCUGUUAAACAUAGCUACUGAUGCUUUUAAUUAAAGCUCGUGUUUUUAUUAGAACCAAAGCACCAAUAAAGGUAACCAGUUGGUACGACAA